UAAUACUUGUGUUGAGAAUUGUACACAAAUACAUUAAUACUCUCUGGAAUUUACUUAUCCCUACGAAAUAUGUGUACUGUGGCAUUUUAAGCCAUUUAUUUGCUUUGUGGGUCAUAGUGUGUAUGUAUCAUAGAAUUUGCUUUCAAGUCUUCACUUCAAUAAAGGGUUUGAUGGAGCAUUGCGGCUUGUUGAAAUAAAGCCAAUCAGCUUCGUUUUCAUCACGUUCCCAACUAUGACUUCACUUGCUGAGCAACAGUGGCAGGCGAUAAAGCAACGGCGAAGAAUAAUGACUCAUCAACUGUGCAGCGGCUUCAACUGUUCGUCACAAUGGCCGGAGGUGUACGCUGAGUUUUAACAUUAAUUCUGAUGGCAUUGGUAUUUAUGAACACUAAGCAACAAAGCUAAGAAAUCAUGUGGCAAACACGUCUGGAAGCAUUCUAAGUAUCUAACGUAGGAUAAAGACAUGAUUGUGCUCACUAUUGCUAUUUGUAUAUGUUAUGUGUCAUGAACUUAAAAUCAUACAUAUUUGUGCCAUGCAUAGCUUUUAAUCUAUUUUCAGAUCAACAUCAACCCAAUCUAAACCAAACCAAAUCAACUACUACAACGACAUUUAACACAACUCUUUAAUUAAUAUAUUUUUAAACCCAUAUAUUACUUAUAAAAUCAUACAUUGUAUAUUUCAUGCAAUUAAUAACUAAGAAUUUCUUGCUAUGUUGCAAAAAUAGGUGCGUUACAGAUUUUUAAUUAGUCUUUUACUCCCUCCUUCUAUUAGCGCCCAAAUACCAAACGGCUUACGCCUGCGAAGGUAAGAAACUAACAAUAGAAUGCGACCCAGGCGACUUGAUUAAUCUGAUACGCGCAAACUAUGGACGUUUCUCGAUAACGAUAUGUAAUGACCAUGGCAAUGUGGAAUGGAGCGUUAAUUGCAUGUUCCCUAAGAGUUUGACCGUAUUGAAUUCGAAAUGCGCACACAAGCAAAGCUGUAGUGUGUUGGCAACGACGAGCAUGUUUGGCGAUCCCUGCCCAGGUACACACAAAUAUCUAGAGGCGCAUUACCAAUGCAUAUCAGCCGCACAAACAUCAACGACCACAAAUCGUCCCAGUCCACCAUGGGUUUUGGCGAACAACCCACCUUUGCUUGCUAAUAGCAGUACUCUGAUCAAUCCGAGCGCUCCAUUACAACCGCCGGGACCAGGACGUUUACCAUUACCCGCUGGUGUUGGCGCUCCAGCGUCAGGUGGCAUAUGGCACACAAUACCACCCACGCCGGGACCACCACAACCCACACUUCCGGGUGGCCGACUAAAAGGCAGCUAUAAUACAACGGUAAUAAAGAAUUCCAACAGACAUGAUGGCUUACCACCACCACCGCCGUUGCAUCAUCACCAUCACACCGGACACCAUUCAGCGUCGCCAGUGGAUGGCGGCAACGUGGGUGAUGCUUCAGCGUCCAAUACGCGCCCAGGAGGGAGGAAUGAUGCGGCAACGCGAACGCCGGGUACAAAUCAAACCAAAUCAAAUACGGGACCCUCCAACACAACCGCCUCGCCCAACACACGUAUACUUAGUGGUGUUGGUGGGAGCGGCACAGAUGACGGUACCUUGCUCACUGCUAAAGCUGCACAAAAUCGUGGCAGCCAACAGCAGAGUACAGCAACGCAACAGCAUGCCACUGGCAAUAAUAACAACAAUGUAAUCAGUAACACCGCUGAUUCCAGCGCCGGAAGCAGUGGCAUACGCACCAUCAACAAUAUAAAUAACCUCAAUAUGGGCUUGGGUGCGGUCGUUGAGGAUGAAGCGAAUAUGUUUUGCGGUCCAACGAAUGCGCGCAACCUGUUCUGGAAUAUAACGCGUGUGGGCGAUGUAAAUGUGCAGCCAUGUCCAGGAGGGGCUACUGGUAUUGCUAAGUGGCGAUGUGUGCUUAUGAAACGCGUCUCCUACCAGGGAGAUGACGGUGGGGCCGUAGAAGGAACUACAAUGCGCACAACACCGCGUGUCAACUGCAGUAGCAACGCAAACAGCAGUUGUGAAACGGCCGCUGAUAGGCUGAAUCAACGCAUAGGCAACUUUGAGCCCACUUGGCAUCCCAUGACUCCGGAUCUCACGCAAUGCCGUAGUCUAUGGUUGAACAAUUUGGAAGUACGCGUAAAUCAGCGUGAAUCUUCGGUUAUAUCCAUAGCGAACGAUCUGUCCGAGGUAACCAGCAGCAAAACUUUGUAUGGGGGCGAUAUGCUUGUUACUACUAAAAUCAUACAAACCAUGUCAGAAAAAAUGUUUCACGACAAAGAAACAUUACCAGAUCAACGCCAACGCGAGGCUAUCAUAUUAGAAUUGCUGCAUGGAGUAGUAAAAACUGGUUCAAAUUUACUAGACGAAUCGCAAUUGUCAUCUUGGAUGGAUCUCAAUCAAGAAGAUCAGAUGCGUGUCGCAACAUCGCUGCUUACAGGACUAGAAUACAAUGCAUUCCUUUUGGCCGAUACAAUUAUACGUGAGCGGAAUAUUGUGCAACAAGUUAAGAAUAUACUGUUAUCUGUACGCGUUUUGGAAACAAAGAAUAUCCAGAACAACGAAGUUUUCCCAGACGUCGAACAGUGGAAAAUCAGCGCCGACCGGAUCGAGUUGCCGCGCACUGCGCUCCUUGAAAAUAGUGAAGGUGGCCUUGUACGCAUUGUUUUUGCCGCUUUCGAUCGUCUAGAGUCAAUUUUGAAACCAUCUUACGACCAUUUUGACUCGAAGAGCUCUCGUAGUUAUGUGCGCAACACUGCUCUACUGAGGGAGCGAAACGAUUCAGCAGCAGCCAUGGAUAUACAGCAACGCAUACGUAUACUUAAUAGCAAGGUGAUAUCGGCCAGUUUGGGUAAAGGCCGUCACAUCCAAUUAUCACAACCCAUUAAAUUGGUGUUGCGACACAUCAAAACGGAGAAUGUGACAAAUCCAACUUGCGUAUUUUGGAACUACAUUGAUCACGCCUGGUCGGCUAACGGCUGUACUUUAGAGUCGACCAAUCGUACUCACAGCAUUUGUAUGUGUAAUCACCUCACAAACUUUGCCAUACUUAUGGACGUUAUGGACGAACACAAUCAUUCGCUGUUUGGCGUCUUCAAUGGCAACAUGCGUAUACUCAUAUACAUUAGCAUAUCGAUUUGCCUGGGGUUUAUUGUCAUUGCAUUGCUGACGCUGAAGAUAUUCAAUGGCGUUUUUAUAAAGUCUGCGCGCACUUCCAUCUAUCGCAGCAUUUAUAUAUGUCUUCUUUUCAUUGAAAUUAUUUUCCUAAUUGGUAUUGAGCAGAAUGAGACGAGUAUCCCGUGUGGUUUUACCACUAUAUUUCUACAUUGUUCGAUACUAUCGGCGAUUGCGUGGUUCUGUUUCGAAGCAUUCCAAUCAUACUCAACACUAACCACCGAUGACAUGUUACUCGAAGUUGACCAGACCUCUAAAGUGAAUUGUUACUAUUUACUCUCCUAUGGCCUAUCCUUAUCGAUUGUGGCCAUUUCGGCGGCUAUUAAUCCGAAUACUUAUACACAAAAUGACUUUUGUGUGCUUAUGGAGGCAAAUACGCUAUUCUAUUCGAGCUUUGUGGCGCCUGUAUUGCUUUUUUUCCUGGGUGCCUUGGGCUACACCUUCUUGUCGUGGGUGAUUAUGUGUCGUAAGAGUCAUACAACACUGAAAAAUAAAGAGCAUACGCGACUCGCAAAUGUGCGCUUCGACAUUCGCUGCUCAUUCAUAUUUCUGCUAUUAUUGAGUGCCGUAUGGAUAUCCGCCUAUUAUUAUCUGCGUCUAGCCAAAAUGGAAGAUGAGUUGGCCGUUGUAUGCGGCUAUCUUUUCAUUAGCUUUAAUACUCUAAUGGGAUUGUAUAUUUUCGUAUUUCAUUGCAUACAAAACGAGAAAAUCCGUCGGGAAUAUCGCAAAUAUGUGCGCCAAAACUCUUGGCUGCCAAAGUGUUUGCGCUGCUCGAAAGCCUCCAUUUCCUCCGGUAUAGUUGGGAAUAAUGGAAUUGGCAGUGGUGGUGGUGGUGUUGGCACUGGCAAUGGUGGUAGCGGCGCUGGUGGCACACUCUCGGGAUCGCAUCGUGGCACGUCCAAUGCAGUACAAUUGAAAAAGACCAAACUGCCAAUAGGUGGUGAUGGUUUGGUGUCAGACGAGACGGGCAAUAUCAUAUCGGCCGCUGAAGAUGCCAUUAUUGCCUCAUCAGACUGUGAAUUGAAUGAUUCGCGUAAUUUAGCCUCAGUUGGUGACGGCGAUGUGGAUGCAGUGAAAGGCGGUGGCGCCAAUAUGUCGUUGCAACAUGGCAAGGGAGGUCACUCCAUCAUUGACACCAUGCAGGGUCAUAUUGUGCUGGAGCGUGGUGGUGGUGCUGCGAGCACGCUGCAUUCAGUGGGUGGUAGUGGUGGAUUGCGUACACCCAGCGCGGGUCAUACGUCGCCCACUUCAUCAGCUGGCUCGACGCAUCUUAUCUUUGGCGGCCAGAAGCAGCAGAUAAUCGGCGCAGGUGGGGCUCCACAGGAGGCAUAUUACCACCAGCCUGACUACUACGGCUGGAAGCAGCAAAUAGGAAAGCCAAGUGGUGGCAAUAAUGUUUUAAGUCUGGCGCAUCCACGUGACUACGUGGCUAAUGCUGCCUCGCCACAGCAGGCACAUGAGUUCUUUUACUGGACGCAAAAGCAUCAGCCGCAUGGCAAGAAGAAACGCGGCAGUGGAAUGGGUGGCGAGUCCCCAAGUGGUUCGUUACAUAGUCGCACCACAGCGGCGUCACAGCAGAUUCUCUUCUAUCCGUCGUACAAGAAGACUACGUUGAAGCAGCAGCAACAAUAUCCGCAUUACGAUGAAGCGGUUGGUGCGGCUGCAUAUUACCAACAACAACAACAACAGCAGCAGUUACAACAUCGUCGCCAUGCGUCUGCAGCCAUGAUGCUGGCAGCACAUCAUCAGCAGCAACAACAGCUAUCCUCAGAUGAGGAGCAAUUGGAACCCGCAGCGGCAGCGCAUGCGCAUUUGCUGCACUUAGGUCGACGCGCCGGUUCACAACUGCCACCACCGCCUGCGCCCGCACCACAUGCGUACCAUUAUCCCCAUCAUCACUCACCAGAGUUUAUGGGCUGUGCGAACACGCCCACACAGCGUUACUAUAGAAAUAAGCAUUCCAACUGUGAUUUGAGCCAUGAGGAGUACGAUCCGAGCGGACGCGCGGGCAGCGAACAGUACUACAAUCAAAACUCAAUGGGUGGCGGUGAUGGGCCAGUAUAUGAGGAAAUCCUCAGUAAUCGCAAUUCUGAUGUUCAACACUACGAUAUGGAUUUGAAUGUUUAUGGCGGUGAGGACGACGACGACGACGAUGAAGUGAAUGGUUGCGUUAAUGAUGAGAGUAGUAGUGCCAUGCGUCGGCAGCACCGCCAACAACAACUGCGGCAACGACAUCACUACGAGGCGGCGCGGAAUGGUGUUAUUGGCGGCGCUGGCGGCGUCGGUGGCGGUGGCAACGGCAGUGGUAGUCGAUAUGGCCAUGCCGAGAGUGGUGCGUCCAGCGACGAGGACGACGACGACGAUGAGGAGGACGAAGGCGCGCAACGUCAUGGGCUGCCGCAGGGCGACGAACGCAUGAGGCGACUGAUAGCGUUGCAGGAUGAGGAGUUUCAGCGGCGGUUUCAAAGGCAGCGUAAGAAAGCCGACGGCGCUUUGAAUGAGAAAACAGUAGCGGCAGCAGCUUACUUUGAUCACCACAAUACGGCGGCAGCGUCAGGUGGUGCAGGUGUAGGCGCGGCGGUUUUUGGCAUUAGCGGCGGUGGCAGUGGCGGCGCGGGAUCGAUACGCGCCUUAAAGAAGAUCUCACCGAAUAGUCGAAUAGGUGUACACGAGCUAUUCACGACGACUCAUGGCAGCAGUGGAGGUGGUGGCGGUGGCGGUAUAGGACCGCCCUUACCACCGUCCAAUCAGCAACAACAACAGUAUCCCCUGCCAAAGAGGCAACAAUUGUCGCCAACAACAACAACAACAUCAAUAACACCGUCAUCGUCGCACACACAGCCGAUCAUUGGCCGGAAUAUUUCUGCAAUGCUGGAUGAGAACAAUACAGUGCGCUGUUAUCUGGAACCGUUGCCCAAAUGAAAGGGGCACACACGAUCAGCUUCACGGAGGUGAGGUAGGGUAAUUAAUUUAAUUAGCGAAAAGCAGACAGAUUUAAAGACAAGCACAUAAGACACUACUGUGGUUUUUAGCUGAAAUCAAAGCUCUGUUUAAAGGAAUUACUAAAUUUGUAUGUGUGUGUGUAUGUUCUACGUCUAAAGCGCAUGAUAGAGAAAAAGCUGAAUUGAGUAUCAAAAUGUUUCAAAACAAAAAAAGCAAAAAAAAAAUAUAUAUAUGUAUGUGAAAAAAUGCGGAACUAUAAAACUCCUGCUGCACACCAUGCAAUGACCAGCUAAGCUGAGCCAAAAAAAAAAAACAAAAGCGUAAAGAAACAAAACCUAAACUCCUCGUCGCCAGACAUACGGUUUUGUGAAAAUUUUUAAUUUUUGUUAUUCUUAAAGCUUUAAGCAACUGUUUAGUAGCGCGUUUUUCAUAGUUUUUUUUUUAUUUAAGCUAACUGUGGAAAUAAGUUGCAUAUGAAUUUACACUACGUAGCUUAAUUAUACAUAUAAACAUACAUGCUAGUGGAGGUUUUUUAUUGGCAAUUUCGUAUACGGAUUUUAUUUUUUGGUUACAUUUAGAAUUUUUUUUUAUUUAUAACAAAUUUUCGUUAUGUCGCUAUUUUUAUUUUUUAUUUAUAACAAAUUUUCGUUUGUGUCAUUAUUUUUUAUUUGAGAAGAGAUGAGAAGUCGAUUAGUUACAAUCUACAACCAGUUACACACGGCUUUUACUUAUAAAUAUAUAAAUAUUUAUUUUGGUUUUGCAGUUCUAAUUUUUUUGUUUCUUUUAUAUUAAUUUUUUUCUUUUAAUUUUAUUUUAAUAUUUUUAUAUAAAAAAAAACACUUCUUUACGAAAUAUUUCGCCUAAUUAAUGUUUUUCAGUCUAAUUUGCGGAAGUUCGUUUAAUUUUUUCCGAAUAUUUUGGUCGAACAAAUUUGAUUUUUUUUUGCGCAGUUUGGAAUAUAUAUAUUUGGUCUAAAGUGCAUUGAGUAAAAAAAUAGAUAUUUUAUGAUUUAAAUAAAAAGUAUUUUGUUUUGUGAAAAUUUUGUUCGAAGAGAAUUGA